AUGGAGACGAGCCGAGCUGAAGCGGAGCGUCUCCUUGGCAUCGCCGAGAAGCUCCUCCGUAACAAGGACUACGGCGGCUGCAGGGACUUCGCCAUUCUGGCUCAGGAGACGGAGCCGUUGCUCGAGGGCUCCGAUCAGAUCCUGGCUGUGGCUGAGGUCCUACUGGCCGCUGAUAACAAGCGGCUCAGCAUUAGCCAGCCGGAUUGGUACGCCGUUCUCCAGAUCCCGCAGCGGACCGAGGAAGCCGAUGUGAUCAAGAAGCAGUACCGGCGGCUCGCGCUCCUCCUCCACCCGGACAAGAACAAGUUCCCCUUCUCCGACUCUGCUUUCCGGCUAGUAGCGGACUCGUGGGCCGUGCUCUCAGAUCCAACCAAAAAGGCGGCCUACGACGGCGAAUUAGUCUCCCGAUUCACCAAGGUAGAUCUCGUCGCCGCGAAAAAGCAGCAGUUUAAUCAACCGAAAAGGCAGCAGGAGGCUAGGGGAGACAACUCGCACCAGAAGCUUCCCGUCCGCCGCAGCGCGAGAGGUACAGGCGGCGCCUGCGAAGGCUCCACCGCCGCUGCCGCCGCCGCCGACGGAGGUGCCGGUGCUGGAGUGAAGGAGACCGCCAGCGCAAACCCUAGCUUGGCGGGGAACUUCUGGACGGCAUGCCCUUAUUGCUACAAUCUGUUCGAGUACCCAAGGGUUUACGAGGGCUGCUGCGUGAGGUGUGAUAACGAGAACUGCAGGAGGUCUUUCACGGCCACCCCAAUCCUUUCUAUGCCGCCCAUGGUGCCGGGGUCCGAGGCUUAUUACUGCUGCUGGGGGUUUUUCCCCAUGGGGUUUACGGGAAAGGGAAAUGAGCUUCCAAAAUGGAUGCCGCCAAUGUUUGGGGACAGUGAUGUGACAGCAGCACCGAAGCCACAGGCAGCUCCGAUCAAUACCCCAUCUCCACCUCCAUCUACUCAUACUCAGCCACAGGCAGCCCCAACCCAUUCCCCACCUCCACCUCCAUCUACUCAAACUCCGCCACAGCCACCGCAGAAUGCACCACCAGUUGCAGCUGUGAGAAAGAGGGGCAGGCCAAGGAAGAAUGUCUAG